UGCUCGAUCAAAAUGCUUGUCCGAUUGGAUUUCCGUUCUCUCUUCUUCCCCAAAACCCCCGUCCAUUUUCUCCGCUUCUUUUGCUCUUCACAACUCCAGCCAAUGCCGCCGGAACUUCCGCAAUUUGAACCCUCAAACGACGCCGACUUAAUUUCUCAGUUACUCAUCCAACACCACAACCCAUUUCACGCCAUGGAAUCUUCUCUUCAGCUCCAUGGCAUUUCCUUCACCCCUUUCCUUGUCCAUCAGACUCUCAUCCGACUCAAAAACUCUUCUAAAGUUGCCCUUUCCUUCUUUCACUAUUCCCAAACCCAACCCAAUUCCGACACCUCCACCCCUACUGCUUACAAUCUCCUCAUCGACAUUUUAUGCAAAGUCCGCCAGUUCGAUGUUGCAUGGCAGCUUAUUAUUCAAAUGGACCAGAAAUCUGUAAAAACUGAUUUCACUACUUUCUAUGUGUUGAUCCGUAGGCUUAUCUCUGCUGGCUUUACCCGCCAAGCUAUUCGGACUUUCAGUGAAAUGCACGUAUUUCUUGAUCAAUACGGUGAAGAUGAAGUAUGGAAAUUGUAUUUUAGUUAUCUUCUUGAUACUCUUUGUAAAUAUGGAUAUGUUAAAGUGGCUACUGAAGUUUUUAAUAAAGAAAAAUGGAGAUUGGAGCUCAACUGUAAGGUUUAUACUAUUCUGAUUUAUGGUUGGUGUAAAGUGAAGAAUAUAGAGAUGGCUAGGAGGUUUCUUGGGGAGAUGUUGGAUAAGGGUAUUGAUCCGAAUGUGGUAAGUUACAAUGUGUUAUUGAAUGGAAUUUGCAGGAGAGCGAGUUUGCAUCCGGAUGGUAGGUUUGACACGGUAAUUAGGGAGGCAGAGAAGGUGUUUGAAGAAAUGACUGAAAGAGGUGUGGAACCAGAUGUGACCAGCUAUUCCAUACUCCUACAUGUCUAUAGCCGGGCUCAUAAGCCCGAGUUAUCACUUGAGAAAUUAAGGAUUAUGAAACGCAAAGGGAUAUGCCUGAAUAUUGUGACAUAUACCUCAGUUAUCAAGUGUCUCUGCACUUGUGGUAGGAUUGAAGAUGCGGAGCUGUUACUCGAGCAAAUGGUUUCUAAUGGGGUGACUCCCACAUCCACAACUUACAAUUGUUUCUUUAAAGAGUUCAAAGGGAGGAAGGAUGCCGAUGGUGCGUUGAGGUUGUAUGGGAAAAUGAAGGAGGGUUCCCUAUGCUCACCUAGCGUGAGUACAUUCAACAUAUUGUUGGGGAUGCUAUUGAAACUAGGUCGAAUGGGGCUGGCAAGAGAUAUUUGGGACGAUAUGAAGGAUUCUGGAGCAGGACCUGAUUUGGAUUCAUAUACAUUGUUGAUUCAUGGAUUUUGUGAGAAACAAAAAUGGAAAACAGCCUGUGAAUUCUUUAUGGAAAUGAUAGAAAAGGGAUUGCUGCCACAGAAGGUCACCUUCGAGACACUUUAUAGAGGCUUAAUACAAUCCAAUAUGCUGAGGACUUGGAGAAGGUUAAAAAAAAGGCUUGAUGAGGAAUCAAUAACUUUUGGUUCAGAAUUUGAAAAUUAUCAUCUCAAGCCUUAUAGAAGGUAAUCUGAUGAAAUUCUGAAAGGGGUACAAGGCUGAACAAUCUGACUUCGAGCUAAAGAGCUAACUGAUAUUUCCUGAUUAAUGGAGAGCUAUUUAUA